GUGGUUGUUCACUUGACCACCACCAAGCAUGAGACCAAGACUAACUUCCACACCGUGGAAGGGGAGCAACACAUCCAAACCAACACCAAGAUCAAUACCGAUACCGAAACUGUCACCAGGUACACCGCUACCGUGACGUCGGUGGUGUUUGGAACUGAACAUGUGUAUACCACAGUCGCUACCACUCCAAUAGAGACCUCCAACGCCCCAGAAACCCAUUCUGAGGCUCACACCGAUGCUCCUGCUCCUGCUCCUACUGUUGGUCAAGACACAACCACUACUUCGAACAAGCCAUCGUCUGCCACCACCACAGCCACCACCAAGGCUGCAACCACCGAAGCUCCCCAAACUACCCCAGCCACCACCAAAGCCGCAGUGGCCACCGAUGGCCCAACCAUCACCAACAUCAAGAACAUCCCUACUUCCACCGGUUCAUGGAUUAUCGAGAACGUGACUACCUCCUCAGCCAGCGGAGUCUGUUACGUGGACUACGAUUACUAUGGCACCGACGAGUCAGCCGAUGAAACAAUCACCUCUACCUCCACAAUCUACAAGACCGUGACC